CUCAUAGUUUUCUUCUUCCCCAAAACCCAUAUUCGCCAAAAAUUCCCAAAUUGGUUCUGUUAUUAGGGCUUUCGCUGACCAAACAAAAUUUGACAACUUUUCUGAAAUUCCUUUCCUCUCAAACCUUUUUCACACCAACAAAGAUAUUUAAAGGCUUAAACUUUCCAUUAUGUUAUUUUUUUCUGGACAGCAGUCGUAUUCAACAAAUUGAUUGAUUUCUUUCUUUUUUUUUUUCACAACCGCCUUGAUAAUCUUCAUAAUAAUAAUUCAUUCACCUAUCUCUAUUGACUGCUACUUAUAAUUAUCAAUGGUCCUUAAUUAGAACCCUUUUCAAAUUGCAACCCCUGAGUCUUAUCUCAUAAAAAAAACGGGUUCAAUUGAUAUUCAUAUUCUGCAACUCCGUUUGGCCUUUCUUUUUUGUUUCCUCCUUUCGAUAUGUGUAUACUUCGUCCCUUGAAUUCUUCUGGCCUCUGUGCCUUCUUCACAGUUGCCUUGCAAGCAUUUACUAUUAGGUACAUAUCAUGCCAAGGGAAAAUGCACACGCGUCAUCGGUUGCUAAGCCAGCUGAAUCGGAUGAGAGGGUUGACCUUGAUGGAGACAACGACCCUGAAGAGGCUAUGGAAGAAGAGAUUGAGUAUGAAGAAGUAGAAGAAGAAGAGGAAGAGGUAGAAGAAAUAGAAGUGGAAGAAGAUGAAGAAGAAGUAGAAGAAGAGGAUCCUGAGGAGGAGGAGGAGGAAGAAGAGGAGGUUGAAGAAGAAGAGGAGGAUGAAGAUAUCGGUAAUGCUGAUGAUGGUGACAAAGUUGAAGAUGAGGAUGAAAAGAAAAAACACGCUGAACUUCUCUCCCUUCCUCCACACGGUUCUGAAGUUUAUGUCGGUGGCAUUCCUCAUGAUGCUUCUGAAGAGGAUUUAAAACAUUUUUGUGAGUCUGUAGGAGAAGUUGUAGAGGUUCGAAUUAUGAAAGGCAAAGAUUCAAGCGAGAACAAAGGCUUUGCAUUUGUCACGUUUAGAAACGUUGAAGUGGCUUCUAAAGCCAUCAAUGACUUGAACAAUACCGAAUUUAAGGGUAAAAAAGUAAAGUGCUCAACAUCUCAAGCAAAGCACCGUUUGUUCAUCGGUAAUGUUCCAAGGAGCUGGGGAGAGGAGGAUUUGAGAAAGGUUGUGAAAAGUAUAGGGCCUGGAGUUACUGGUGUAGAACUGGUCAAGGAUAUGAAGAACACAAGCAAUAACCGAGGCUUUGCUUUUAUCGACUACUAUAACCAUGCAUGUGCUGAGUAUUCAAGACAAAAAAUGAUGAAUCCACAAUUUAAGCUAGGUGAUAAUGCUCCAACUGUGAGCUGGGCUGACCCGAAAAAUGCUGAAUCAUCUGCAGCUUCUCAGGUAAAAGCUGUAUACGUCAAGAAUCUACCGAAAAAUGUAACACAAGACCAGCUAAAAAAGCUAUUUGAUCACCAUGGGAAAAUUACCAAAGUGGUGCUUCCACCUGCAAAGGCCGGACAAGAAAAGAGUAGGAUCGGUUUUAUUCAUUUUGCAGAGAGGUCUAGUGCUAUGAAAGCACUAAAGAACACAGAAAAAUAUGAGCUUGAUGGUCAAGUAUUGGAAUGUUCUCUUGCAAAGCCGCAGGCCGAUCAAAAGUCAUCCGGACCAAAUGUUCAAAAGUCGGGGCUACUUCCGGCUUAUCCACCUCGUGCUGGUGCCGGUUAUGGUAUGAUAGGGAGUCACUAUGGUGCUUUAGGUGCAGGGUAUGGCACCACUCCUGGUUUUGCACAGCCUAUGAUUUAUGGACGGGGACCGACGCCUUCUGGGAUGGCAAUGAUGCCGAUGCUUCUUCCCGAUGGACGGAUAGGAUAUGUUUUGCAACAACCAGGUCAACAGCCUCAACUCGCUCACACGCACGCACACGCGCACGCUCACGCUCACGCUCACACGCCUCCAUCAUCGCACCAUAGAGGGAGUGGCGGCAGGGGUGGCGGUGGAAGUGGAAGUGGCGGAAGAAGCAGUGGCAGUGGAGGAAGAAGCAGUGGUUCGAAGGGAAGGCAUAGUAAUAACGACAGUGGUGGUAGCGGUGGUGGUGGUGGUGGGAGUGGACGCCGAUAUCGGCCAUAUUAAUUAAUGAUUUUCUUAGAGAGAGUUGUCUCAAGUUUUUAAUUGUAACUAACUAUUAAUUAACAGUUUCAUUUGAUUUAUUGUAGUAGGAUGAUAUUAUUUAGUAGAACUAAAAAAACAUGCUUGUUCAUGAAAAUCAAUCUUGUCCUAGUUAAAAUUGAUAAUGUAUUAUUCAAUCAAAUGUGCUUUUUAAGGUUUUGCUA